GAGAAACACAACAACAUGCUGGGCUGAAGCUGUUCCUCGACUGAAGGACAACUCUACUGAUCAAUAGUUGUUUUCUAUGUUGUUUUUACAGAUGAGAAGGAGUGAGAAGGAACUGUUACUGUCUGAGAUGAGAAGAGAGAUGAGAGAAGAUGAGGAGAGGAUAGAGUAAAAGAGAGAUACUGUACUCCUCUCUCUAAGACCUGAGGAGGAGAGGAUAGAGUAAAAGAGAGAUACUUUACUCCUCUCUCUGAACAUUGAGGAGAAGAGAGGAGAUGAGGAGAGGAUAGAGUAAAAGAGAGAUACUGUACUCCUCUCUCUGAACAUUGAGGAGAAGAGAGGAGGAGAGGAUAGAGUAAAAGAGAGAUACUGUACUCCUCUCUCUGAACAUUGAGGAGAAGAGAGGAGGAGAGGAUAGAGUAAAAGAGAGAUACUGUACUCCUCUCUCUCUGAGGCCUGAGGAGAAGAGAAGAAGAAAAGGAAAGAAGAUAGUAUUUUUAUUUUAUGAUUUUAGUCUCUGAUGGAGGAUGUUCUUCAGUGAUGCAGAUGGAACAGCCUGUGAGACAGGACAUGCAGUUCUACUACGUGUACGUGGGUGACCAUACGUGGGCAACCAUGCUGGGCCAGAGUGUCCGUCUGCAGCCAGUACCCAUCCAGAGCCUGUCUGAGCUGGAGCGAGCCCGGCUGCAGGAGGUGGCCUGUUACCAUCUGGAGAAGAGGGACCUGGACUUCAACAUCAGCAUCCCCAGAGAAAUCCAAAAGAGGAGGAAAUCACUCAGGAGGAAGUUUGACUCCUCAAAAGAGAAGAAAGAGAAAGAGCGAGAGACAGCCGCAAAGGCGUUUGGUAUACCCCUCUCCCAGGCGAUAGCCAACGACCGGGCGUACAAGCAGCGCCAGGAUGCUCUGAAGGAGAGCAGAAGAGACUGUCUGGAUCUGGAGGCCAGCGUCCUGAUGUUCCGGGCUGAGAAACGGCAGCAGGGCAACGGGAACAAACCCCUCUGCAGCACGGCUUCGUCACCCUUCAGUGGAGCUACAGCUUCAUCUUCAUCAUCCUCGUUAGCACUGGAGCUGCACAGCAAACCACUCUCACCCAGGUUCCUGGAUAACACGGCUAGAGUGCAGAGACGGGGUGGCCUAUCAGUGGACUGCAUCUCAGAUCUUGUAGAGAGUCAGUCCCGCCUGUUGGAGGCGCUGCAGCUGUCCCACCCUGCAGAGCUGGAGCUGAAGAAGACUGCAGCCGGAGCCGGGGGGCGGAGCCAGACCAAGCUCAGCCUCAACCCCAUCUAUAGGCAGGUCCCCCGCCUGGUGGAACGCUGCUGCUGUCACAUAGAGAGACACGGGCUACAAACUUUGGGGAUCUUUCGUGUUGGCAGCUCCAUAAAGAGAGUUCGGCAGCUGCGUGAGGACUUUGACAUGGGGACAGAUGUAUGUCUGGAUGAGGAGCACAGUGUCCAUGAUGUGGCGGCUCUACUGAAGGAGUUCCUCAGAGACAUGCCUGACCCUCUACUGCCCAGAGAGCUCUACGCUGCCUUCCUCCACGCCAACCUUCUGCGAGGGACAGACCAGUUCCAGUACCUGCAGCUGAUGCUCUACCUGUUACCGGCCUGUAACUGUGAUACCCUGCUCCGCCUCCUCACCCUGUUACACACCGUACAGAGCCACGCAGAGGACACCACGGGACCACAGGACCAGGUGUUCCCAGGCAACAAGAUGACAGCGACCAACCUGGCGGUGAUCUUUGGUCCCAACCUGUUGCAGGGGGAAAGGGGCGGAGGGGACAGGGAGAUGAGUCCUCACGCCAUGGGCAUCGAGGACAGCACCGCCAUCAUCAACGUCACCCUGCACCUUAUACAGAACUACAGGCGACUGUUCACGGUGUCAGCAGAGCUCCAGCAAGAGGUGCUGAUGAGUCUCAUUCAGACAGAUCCUGACAUCAUCGACUAUCUCCUCCGCAGGAAACUCAGUCACCUGGCGGUGGGGACAGUAGACUCUACGGGGGGUCGGCGGGACACGGGGGUGUCUCUGGACUCUGUGGGGGUGUCCAGUGGUAGCCUGUCACCCCUGGAGCCCCCCUCGCCCCUCUAUAACCUGUCCCCCCUGGAGACCCCCUCGCCCCUCUAUAACCUGUCCCCCCUGGAGCCCCCCUCGCCCCUCUAUAACCUGUCCCCCCUGGAGCCCCCCUCGCCCCUCUUCAACCCGGACGGGCCCGGGGACGGCAGCCUGACCAGUGAGGUGUUCUUUAACCUGGACGCCCUACGACACCACAACAACAAGAAACGUUCCAACGUGAUCCCGUCCAAAUCCAUCGGCCAGAUGAGACCGUUCCACUCCCACCACAACCUCCUGAGUCUGGCCCAGCCCUCCAGCAGUUCCAGAGUCCACCCAGAGGACAGCCACCUCCAGGCCCAGGAACAGAGGGCCCCGCUGGGGGAAGAUCUGAGCUUCACCCUGGGGGCUGCCUCAUGCUCCAGCCUGGGAGGACAGGGGGAUAACAGUGUCUGGGUGAGGCAGACGUCCCAGGAGGAGAGGGAGAAGCCCUCUCCUAGUCAUUCCAGUUAUUUCUGGGACUUCUUCACAGGGAAGGGCUCGGAGUCAGAGACCAUGGUAUGAUAGGACAGGACAGGACACUGGGCGGUGGGAUGGAGGGGUGAGUGCAGUCCAGGGGGCGGAUUGGGACUAGAAAUCGUUGGACCAGCCCACCGGGCUUUUGCCGGUUCUGCCUUAUGGCUAGCCAGUUUCUAGGCUGAUGGGAGGUGGUUGGAACAUGUUGAAGGACUCUGGUGAGCGUAGAGGAGGGUAUAUAUAUGUGUCAGACAAGCACAACCCAAACAUACACACAUACUGUUUUAUACUAACACUGCUUGGGACUAACAUUACACACAACAGUACGUUUUUUGUUACACUAUUGUCCCUGUAUCCCCUUUGGACUCUGUGUGAUACGGCUGAAGACUAUGUUAUGGUAUACUAUCCCUUGUCACAGUACAGCUUUUUACGAAGCUCAUGAAUUGCGUUUGAAACAUUGGUUACCAUGACGUGUUUUUUUUUUGCAAGUGGGGGGCUUGUGUAAGAUGUACAGAAAAGUAUAUAACUUGUUUGCUUCAGCUUCUGCUACACAAAACAAGAUAUUGGGGCCUCUUCUUUCUAUUCCACAAGGGGGCGACCUUUACCACACCUUGUAUCUGGCUGCUCUGGACUGGAACUAUUGCCAGGCUUCACAGGACUAUUGGAAUUAACUACCAGGGACAAUAUGGCCGUAGAGAACACAGCCCAGAUGUUCUAGAACUAAAGACAUACCCUGAAGAUUCUGAGAGAGAAUGCUGUGUAUAGGCUACAAGAGACACACCUUUUACAGCAACGUCUACUUCACCAUAACCCUGUCCUUACCAUGUAAAUGCAGUAUUUUGUCUCUUUUGGUUGUAUGUAUGUGUAUGUUAGUGUUCUGAUCCUUUUAAGUUGUGUUGAUAUUACACACAACACUUGUUCCACGAGGUGCUUGCUAAAUCCUAUUUAGAUCCCUCACCUUGGCAAUACUAUUAUGUACUUUAACAAGCAAGCGAGAGCCCCCUCAAGGUUUAGCUAGCCCUUGAAGUUUGUCUAUUUUUCUGACAGUUGUAUCCUGUAAGUAUUAUGUACCUGAUCCGAAUUAAAUGUACAACUGUUA